GUAAGAUGCCUGGGCCAGCCAGAGACUCCCAAUGCAAGGUAUACAGUGCCUGCAUGGUCCUGUCUUGAAGUCCGACAGUUCUGGGCUGCGUCGCACACGAGGCUCAAUGACGACCGUAUGCGUCUAGACCUGCAGUAUGCCUUUCCACCACAAUCGCCAACCCUCCCACAACACCGGCCACCAGAGUGCUGCGCAAGGCCUGCUAGAAGCAGCUCAAACUCUGGGCUCCAUAGGGGCCCCAACCGGUAAUCUGCGCACGGCGGCGUUGGGCACGACUGCUGCGGGCACUGACGCGUUCCUCCCUUCAAAUUCGGCCAGUCUGCAGCAGUUUGAUGCUGCAGCGCUUCCGCCGCCCCAGUCAGCACAUGCCAGCUCUCGACGGGCAGACACGAUAGGCAGGAUGGCGGACCAUCCUUCCUACCAGCAAUCAUCGCGCAUACAAGAGCAAUCCUCGCAAGGAUCCAUGUACAAUAACCCUCCGCCUUCUACAAACAGCGUCCCUGGCAGUCUUCAACCUGGAGCCACUGGUCAAGGACGACCAGUUCCCAUGCCAUCUGCGUAUACGGCGCCAACUGCUGUGCCUCAGAUCAAUACAAAUGCGUCGCAAUAUUCAUUACCGACGCGUUCAAACACCAUGCAUUCCCACUCACAUUCUAGGUCGAGUCCAGCAGGCUUGGACCAGCAAAAAUAUGUCCCCUUCGCGAGCUCCGGUUCAGAUCCUCAAAAGUUCCCUCAGACCCCUCAGCAGCAGAAAUAUUACUCUCCCACAACUCCAACCGUAGGCCACACGAAUUCGCCGCUGGCGCUCGAUCAGAUCAGACCCCGAGCAAAUUCAAACCUCCCAAAUGAUGAGCUUACCGGCACAACGCUUUUCGGGGACUUGAUGGACAAGCAGCCUACGAAUAGCAAUUACUUGGCACCGUGGAGUGUGUUUGCCUUCGACUGGUGCAAGUAUCCCGUACCGCAAGGGAACAGCGCGGGAAAGAUGGCGAUUGGAAGUUAUCUAGAGGACCCCCAUAAUUACAUCACCAUCCUCGACACUCAGAUUGUGCCUCAAGAGUCGGUAGCGCCUGGAGCCCCCAGCUAUGGGUUGGAAUAUACUCGCAUAGCGGAGGCUACUUGUGCUUAUCCCGUGACACGCAUUCUAUGGGAGCCACCGAUCGCUCAGAAACAGUCUACUGACCUGCUUGCAACAUCGGGCGACCAUCUAAGACUAUGGUCGUUACCCCAGAGCACCUCGCCCACCGUCUCAAAUACCAUCACAAGGUCUUCGAGCGUUAACCAGCGCGAACAAGCGCCACCUAAGCUUACCCCGUUGGCUCUUCUGUCGAAUUCGAAAACACCUGAACAUACCGCACCACUCACAUCCCUGGAUUGGAAUACGCUUUCGCCAAAGCUCAUUAUCACGAGUAGUAUAGACACCACUUGCACGAUUUGGGACAUCCCAACACUCACUGCUAAAACGCAAUUGAUUGCGCACGACAAAGAAGUCUUUGAUGUGCGGUUCUGUGCCGGUAGCGUAGAUGUCUUCGUAUCUUGCGGAGCAGAUGGGAGCGUGCGCAUGUUUGACCUUCGUAGCCUCGAACACAGCACCAUCAUUUACGAACCUGCGGAGAAGAAGCCUGAGAGCGACAAAACUAACACUCCCCCUUCUCGGAUGUCUCCCACACGUACACCACAAACAUUAACAGCGGCACCACCUCUCCUGAGACUUGCCACCUCACCGCAUGACUCGCAUCUUCUUGCGACCUUCGCAGCAGACAGCAACAUCAUCCGCAUUUUGGACGUCCGUCAGCCUGGGCAAGCUUUGCUCGAGCUGCGUGGUCACUCUGCUGCGCUCAACGCGGUAGAAUGGUCGCCUUCCCGACGCGGCAUGAUCGCCAGCGGCGCCGACGAUUCUCUCGUCCUCGUCUGGGACCUGCUUCACAGCCAGAACGGCGCCAUUAUCGCUGGUGAGUCUAACAUGCACAACGGCACUACGUCGCACAAUCAGCAUGGCUCGUCGGCUUCGAACGUGAGCCUCAAGGGCCCCGCAUCGAGCUGGUCAUGCGAUUACGAAGUUUCCAACCUGUCCUGGGCUCCUCAGAGCAUGCUGACGGGGCAGGGUGGAGAGUGGGUUGGCGUAGCGGGAGGAAGAGGCGUGUGGGGCGUAAAAGUGUGAUGAUGUUAUGACGAUCUUCAAUGCAUAUGAUCUUCAAUGCAUAUAUAUAUAUAUAUAUAUAUCUAUGAAUGGAUAGGAUCUUUAAAAAAAAAUGCCCAAAGUAAAUUUAUAGCAUCAGCGUGGAUUGUUUUAAGCCAAAAAGCUCUCUCGUAACACAGGAGAAGAGCCAAGAUUGAUAUACAUAUG